GUUUGUCACCAGGUCAUCCACUUUCCGCCCUUUUUCAUCCAUCUAUGGAACACGUUACCAAUGACAAGUACUAAUCCCAGGGCAGGCUGGGAGAAAAUUGGAAAUCAAUUCUACCAAAAGGUCCAGCUAUACGAGUCCAUAUUUGAUCCUGACCUCGAGCUUGGGAAUUACCUUGUUGCGGGAGCACCAUACGGCGGAGCUCUUGCAUUAUGGAGGGACAAGUCUAAAGUCGCACGCUAUCGCACUGGCCAGUCUACCAAGCCAACAAUCGACAUUUAUUCAUCCUCUGGUCAGCUUAUCAGUAAUAUCAACUGGGAGAAAGGUGCCAUCAAAGGAUUGGGUUGGUCAGACGACGAGAAGCUUCUUGUCGUGACCGAAGAUGGUAUCGUUCACUGUUAUUUCGGACUACAUGGAGACUUCAAUCCCUUCUCCCUUGGCCAUGGUGCUGAAGAGUACGGGGUCCAGUCAUGCAGAUUCUGGUCCCAUGGAUUUGUCGCCCUACUUUCCAACAACGCCUUGAUCACCGUAUCCUCUUUUGAUGAACCCCGACCCAAGCUCCUCGCUCCUACUCCCGAGGGUGAGAUUCACUCAUGGUCGCUGAUCCCACCAGCCUAUACAUUAUCUCGGUCGGUCGAAGUAUUGCUCUCCAUUGGCAACACGAUUCACGUGGUCGAUGCCACCGAGGCCGAAGAUAGAGGUCUCUCAGAUGGACCAUUCAAACACGUCAGCGUUUCACCGAAUGGCCGAUUCGCUGCAUUAUUUACAGAUGAUGGCAAGGUAUGGGUGGUUGGUAGUGACUUUCAGAAAAAGUAUUCAGAGUAUGACUCAAAGGCAAAAACCACCCCAACACAGAUCUAUUGGUGUGGUAAUGACUCGGUGAUCCUGGCUUGGGAAGAUGAAGUUCAUAUGGUAGGGCCGGAUGGAGCAGCUGUCAAAUACUACUACGACGACCAGGUUCAUGUGGUCCCAGAUAUCGACGGAGUCCGUCUCAUCACCAACGAGUCUUGCGAAUUUCUACACAAGGUCCCAGAUCCAUUGGAGGAGGUAUUCCGUUUGGGGUCGACCUCUCCUGCGUCAGUCCUGAUGGAUUGUAUCGAAUUGCUCGAGAAGAAGUCGCCCAAGGCGGAUGAAAAUAUCCAGCGGAUCAAGCCCAGCCUACCUGAAGCAGUCGAAACAUGUAUCCGAGCAGCAGGCCACGAAUUCAACCAGACCUUACAAAAACAAUUAUUGAGGGCGGCGUCAUUCGGCAAAUCAGUCCUCGACCUUUACAGCAGCGACGAAUUUGUUGACAUGUGCGAAGAUCUCCGGGUUCUGAACGCAGUACGAGACUAUCGCAUUGGGCUGCACAUGUCAUACGAGCAGUAUAUGCGACUGACACCAGAAAGACUGAUCGCUAGACUGGUCAGCAGAAGAGAGUACCUUCUGGCCAUCAGGUUGUCCGAGUUCUUGAAUCUUCCACUUAACAAGAUCUACGUCCACUGGGCGAGUCAAAAGGUUCGGGGCUCGUCCGCUGACGACGAUGCCAUCAGGGAGACGGUCGUGGAACGCCUGCGUGGGAAGCACGGUAUAUCCUUUGAGACCAUCGCAAGAGCAGCUUACGACGAGGGACGAAGUCAUCUUGCAACAACACUAUUAAACCAUGAACCCAGAGCUGGGAAGCAGGUGCCUCUCUUGCUCAACAUGGAAGAAGACGAGAUUGCGUUGAACAAAGCUAUCGAGUCUGGCGACACAGACCUGGUCUAUUUUGUGCUCUUACAACUCAAGAAAAAAUACCCGCUGGCCGCUUUUUUCCGGACGGUCAGUGAAAGGCCUGUCGCUGCGGCGCUCGUGGAAAGUUCAGCAAGAGCACAAGACAAGGAGUUACUGAAGGACCUUUAUUAUCAGGACGACCGACCUGUGGAAGGAUCCAACCUGCUCUUGGAAGAAGCAAUGCAACAGCCCCAAGUACAAGCGAUCAUCGACAAGCUUAGACUUGCGCUCAGAAUAAUGACGGAUGCAAAGGAUCCCACAGCAUUGAUGCACUCUAAAGGAUUGACGGAAGCGACACAACUAGUCAAGAUGCAAGAGGCAUUUGACAAGGACGUCUCCGACGGUAGUGGGAGUUAUGUUGGUCUUAGUGUCAACGAGACCAUGUUUCGCCUGAUUAAGUCAGGUUACAGCAAGAGGGCGGUCAAAGUCCAGGGCGACUUCAAGGUGCCGGAGAAAACGUGGUGGUGGAUCCGUCUUCGGGCGUUGACAGCGGCUCGCCUCUGGGGCGAAUUGGAGGAGGUUGGUAAGAACAAGAAAUCUCCAAUUGGAUGGGAGCCGUUCUAUAAUGAAGUCCUUGGAGCUGGAAAUACCCGCCUGGCCGCAUCUUUCAUACCGAAGUGCACCAACCUACAGCCAUCUGAGCGGAUUGAGAUGUGGGUCAAGUGUGGACUGAUUUCCAAAGCAGGCGAAGAAGCGGUCAAGUCCAAAGAUUUGAAUGCGCUGGAACUGCUUCGUGACAAGGCGAAUGGACAGCAGCUUGUCGAGAUUGAGAGGAUGAUCACUCAGUUGAGACCGCGAAAAUGAUCGAGAACGAGGGGUUCGACUAGGGCGCCAGGUCAUUCAGGUGAUGUUGUCCAGGUCAUUAUCGGUGUCGGUAUUAUGACCAGAGGCAGUUCGAUCGACCACAACCAGCUGUGUUAUAGCGGCUGAGGCAGGCAGUUUGACACCGUUCACAAUUUUCACAUCGGUAGUGCCGUCUUGGACUUCGUCCAUCUCUUCAUCCUCCCACGAUCCGCCAUGGUCAUCAUUGUUUUCUUCAGCAAAUGCAUUGCUGGCCAAUUUGUCAAAGGGAUUGAUCCGUCCAUUGGUGUCUUCCCACAGUCCUGCUCUCUCGCGGAUUUUCUUCUGUCGCUUCUGCGCAUCUCCGACUUUCUUGACCAAUUGAUCUUGCACGACCACAGCCCGGUCUAAUCCUCUCUCUUGCCUUUUGCGCUGUCCACGAGUUAACUGUUUCUGUUUCUUUUUGGCCUUGGUGAUUCCUGCGUAGGGUUUGGCAGAUAACAUGGGCGUGGCGUCGGAGGCUCGAGGACCGUCUUUGAGUGAUUUGUCGGUGUUUAUAGAGGGAGAAGUGGCUCUCUUUGCAGCUCGAGAUCGUGGGUUGGCUAUGAGGCAUACUGGUUAGAAAAGUGGCAUGGGUACAGAGGGAAGAUUGUGUGUAGAGUAUACCUUUAGGAUUUUGUUUGGCUUUUGCUGUCUUUGCCAUUUUUGAUAGAACCACUGGAAGUGCCCGAAAUGUUUUGUUC